AUGCCUGGUGAAGGCGCUGUCCACCUUGCGGCCACGACCGAUGUCGCCCGCGUCGAAGCACCGGUUACUUUGAGGGCCUACCUGAUGUGCGCCUUUGCGGCCUUCGGGGGCAUUUUCUUUGGGUAUGACUCGGGCUAUAUCAACGGCGUGAUGGCGAUGAAAUUUUUCAUUCAUGAAUUCACUGGCGAGCCGUAUCCCGAGGCAGAUGCGACGGCCGCAGAGACUGCGGCUUUUGUCAUCCCUUCGUGGCGCCAGUCCCUGAUCGUGUCAAUCCUGUCUUGUGGUACCUUCUUCGGUGCAAUCAUUGCCGGUGACCUCGCCGACUUCAUUGGUCGUCGAACCACCGUCAUUGCCGGUUGCGUCGUGUUCUGCGUCGGCGCCGCCCUCCAGACUGCUGCCACAGCUUACGGUCUUCUCAUCGCCGGUCGUCUCAUAGCUGGAUUCGGUGUUGGUUUUGUGUCCGCCAUAAUCAUAUUGUACAUGUCGGAAAUCUCCCCCCGCAAGGUCCGUGGCGCUCUUGUUUCCGGGUACCAAUUCUGUAUCACUCUCGGUCUGCUGUUGGCGUCGUGCGUUGUCUACGGCACCGAAAAUUAUACCGACUCUGGUUCAUACCGAAUUCCCAUUGCUCUCCAAAUGCUCUGGGCGAUUAUAUUGGCCGCAGGACUGCUCACCUUGCCCGAAUCUCCACGAUAUUUUGUCAAACGCGGCAACCUAGACAAAGCAACCAACGCUCUUGCUCGUCUCCGAGGCCAGCCUCGCGUGUCCGAGCUGAUCCAGCAGGAGCUGGCAGAGAUCGUCGCCAAUCAUGAGUAUGAGCUGCGAGUCAUUCCCCAAGGGGGCUACUUUGCCAGUUGGGCCAGCUGCUUCAAAGGCAGUCUCUUCAAACCGAGCUCGAACCUGCGUCGAACGAUUUUGGGUACUUCUCUGCAGAUGAUGCAGCAGUGGACAGGAGUCAAUUUCAUCUUUUACUUUGGCACCACUUUCUUCACCCAGCUCGGAACUAUUCAGAACCCCUUCCUGAUUUCUCUAAUCACAACUCUCGUGAAUGUCUGUUCAACUCCGCUAUCUUUCUGGAUCAUUGAGCGAUUCGGUCGUCGUUCAAUCAUGAUCUGGGGUGCUGUCGGUAUGGUCGUGUGCCAGUUCGUCGUCGCAAUCGCUGGAACUUCCGACGGCCACAAUCCGCAGACUGUCAAGGCUGAGAUUGCAUUUAUCUGCAUUUACAUCUUCUUUUUCGCAACUACGUGGGGACCCGGGGCCUGGGUGGUGAUUGGAGAAGUGUUUCCUCUCCCUAUCCGGUCUCGUGGAGUCGGGCUGUCCACCGCCUCGAAUUGGCUCUGGAACUGUAUCAUCGCCGUCAUCACACCGUACAUGGUGAGUUCUGAUAAAGGUAACCUUGGACCCAAGGUGUUCUUUAUCUGGGGUUCCCUAUGCGGGUGUUGCCUUGUCUAUGCCUAUUUCCUCAUCCCUGAAACCAAAGGUCUUACCCUAGAACAAGUCGACCGGAUGUUGGAAGAGACGACUCCGCGGACAUCGUCGCGAUGGACACCGAAGAGGACAUAUGCGGCCGAGAUGGGAGUUACUGAGGAUGGUGAACUCAAGUCAGAGGGCGUUGAAGGUAUCCAGUGCAAAGGCUCUGCUGUGUAA